GGAGCAGAGGGCAGGAGGGUUCAGCCCUAGCAGUCCAGCGGCUCAAACAUGGCGGGGUGUGAAGGCGCCGUGAGACACUCUUGGUCCGAAUCUGGUUCCACUGCUAUCGCCGGGUCUCACUCUCUAUCCGGAUCCGCAUCCGAGGAGCAGAAACCGAGGAAGAGGAGGAGAGGAUUCUGCCUGAGCAGGAUGAAGCCUCGCGGCAGCUCCGGCGGUCAGCAGCAGCAUCAGCCCGCCGUUAACAACAACAACACGCCGUUCAUGAUCCACUGCCAGAUCGGUAAAGAGAUCAAACACAUCUGCAGCAACUGUCGAGGAGCAGAGCCGCCAGAUGCUGAGGAAGUGGAGAGGUUGGCAGCCAUGCGCUCUGAUUCGCUGGUUCCAGGCACACACACGCCUCCCAUACGGCGGCGAAGUAAAUUCGCCACAUUGGGACGUCUGUUCAAACCGUGGAAGUGGAGGAAGAAGAAGAGCGAAAAGUUUAAACAAACCUCAGCUGUGCUGGAGAGGAAAAUGUCCACACGUCAGAGCCGAGAGGAGCUCAUCAAGAAGGGAGUGCUGAAGGAGGUGUAUGAGAAAGAUGGCUCUGGAGCCGUUGUACGAGAGGAGGUGAAGAUGGAGAACGGGCGCUCUCCAGUGCUCAGCUCCAGCCUGUCAGAGUCUGAAAGUACAGAGCUGAUGGAGGGAGCGGCUGCAGCUGGAGGUUCUCUGGAGUUUCAGUUGUCCAGUGAGAGUGCGUGUCAACAAGACCAUGCUCAAAAGUCCAUCCAGGCUCCUCCAACAAAGAAGGCCUCCGUUUACCCGUCUGAUGGCCCAGAGUCACCGCACAGACCUCCCACGCUACACAAACAACCUCCUGCGCUGCCGCCCAAACCCUUCAACAGGCUACCUAACCACAUCACAGACGGGGCCCCGGUGAAGCUGCCGUGUAUGUCAGUGAAGUUAUCUCCUCCUCUACCUCCAAAGAAGCUCCUUAUCUCCGUACCUGCAGGGAGCAUGGAGCCCUCUCCGCUCGCCUUCCAGAAGUGCCCCGCCCCUCCCAGCCAUGCUCCAAUGGGUGGCCACUCCCUGCAGUACGGGACACUGCCAGUCCCUCUCCACCCUCCCAGCCGGAUCAUAGAGGAGCUGAACAAGACCCUGGCUCUCACCAUGCAGAGGUUUGAGAGCUCCAUGAUGCACGCCGUUCCCACGGUGAUGAUCGAGUGUGACGACGACAAAGAAAACCUCCCAAACGAGGCAGACUACGAGGACCUCCCUGGUAUGUAUAAAGAUGAAGAAGAGGAGGAGGAGGACGAAGAAGAAGAGGAAGAGGAAGAUGAUGAGGAAGAAGAGGAGGAUGAGGAGGAAGAUGAGGAUGAUACAUUUUUUACAAGCACACUGGCCAUGAAAGUAUUACGGAAGGACUCUCUGGCCAUCAAAUUGAGUAACCGUCCAUCCAAGAGGGAACUGGAGGACAAGAACAUCCUACAGCUGCAGUCGGACCAGGAGAGACUUGAGUCUCGACAGCAAACAGCCACAAAACUGACCAGGCGGUUGAGUCAGAGGCCGACAGCGGAGGAGCUGGAGCAGAGGAACAUACUCAAGCCUCGAAAUGAUCUGGAGGAGCAGGAAGAGAAGAGGGAGAUCAAGAGACAUUUAUCCAAAAAGCUCAGCCAGAGGCCAACCGUGGAGGAGCUGAGGGAGGCCAAGAUCCUGAUCCGCUUCAGUGACUACGUGGAGGUGGCCGAGGCUCAGGACUACGACCGGCGAGCAGACAAGCCGUGGACACGGCUAACAGCUGCUGAUAAGGCUGCCAUCAGGAAGGAGCUGAAUGAGUUUAAAAGCACAGAGAUGGAGGUUCAUGAGUCGAGCCGGCAUCUGACCAGGUUUCAUCGGCCAUAAAAUGGUCCAGUCAGACCUCAGCCAUGCUUUACCCUCCGACACCGAACCUCAAGCGUUCAGAUCGCUAGCUGCUGCCCUCAUUCUGAUGGCUAACCUCUCCAGUGUCGACUUUAACUCGACAGACUGGACAUGAACACAACCUGUGUGUGCCAUCUUCAUUGAAAAGCGAGGGCGAACACUUUAAAGAGACGGAUUAAAACUCACCUGGCGUCUCCCCUCAGAGGAGAUUUUACUGACUUCUUGAUAUUCAAAAGCUUUUCAUUUUUACGACGAGGAGGGGGCCGUUUGUUUACUUUGCAGCACUUUUGGACGUCAAACAGAAUCUGUGCCAAUUUCAAGGAUGUAAAGGUGAAGAUGGGACUUAGUUUUAUUUUUUAAUUUUGUACAAAGGGAUUGUUUUGUUGCCUUUCAUCAUGCUCUCAUUCUCAUUUCUCAGCCUGACUUCAUCUUUCUUUGAGGGGGUUUGCUUGUGUUGGCACAGAUGAUAUGAAGGUUUUAAUUCACCGCAGGAAUCAAGAUACGACAACAGAUUAUUGCUGUUGUAGGCAGCUGAGUCUCACGCCUGAUCUGAUCAAAUCUCAACAAUUCUCUCCAAGACAAUAGCCGUACAAAUUAAGAUCUUCUGACACUAUCACAUCAAUCAACAGCAAUAAUUUCUACAUUGUUCUUUAUUUGUUUUUGGGUUUGCCUUCAAACUCAUUCAAACAUCAGAUCUCCAUUUUCAAACCAAAGCAACUUUACUUGCUGUGGACGUCGUGAUCUUGAAUGCAUCCCAGAGUUCAGUAACCCGCUGUGUCACUGUGCCUACAGUAUUGUUUACAGGGAUUUCAAAAUUGCCAAAUUUACUCAUGUCAUUUGAUACAGAAUAUUUAUCUGUGGACACAGAAAUGUUGCCGAACUCGCUGAGAAAGACGUUUUUUUAUAUUUCACUUUUUAUUAUGAAUCUUCUCAGUGCAAAACCUGAAAACUCUGCCAUCCUAAUUUCAUGUUUUUAUUGUUUACAGUCCAUCUAUGCUCACUGACCACUUUAUUAGGUACACCUGUUCAACUGUUCAUUAAUGUAACCAUGAGCCUGUAACAUGGCAGCAACCAGUGCAUAUGGGCAUGUACAGAUGUGGAGUUUGUCUUCUGGGUUGUGAUUUUUACUGGUCUAACAUUUAAGCUUGAGCCACCAAUCUGCUUGAUACUGCAGAUAAAACAUUAAAAGUUGUGUGCAAAGUUCAAGUGUAAGAUAUGGUUCAGUAAGUAGUUGGUUGUCUCUUAACUGAAGGUCAGAGGAUUGAUCCCCAGCCUGUCCUUUGUCAUGACGCUUAACUAUCAUGCCUGAGGUGUAUGAAUUUGUAUAGAUGCGUAUGACUAGGAUAAGUCGAUACUAAUAGCCACUACAUCAUCAGUAUUGCCAGACUCCCAUUUUCGUCAGUACUAUUUUUCUCCUGGAAAAUUUUACAUAAUCCAUGCCUGCAGCAUUGCAUGCACAGUGUAAUUUUACUCCAACUGGCAUCACCCUCGCUGGCUGGAGGUGAAAGUUCAUGCAGAAAUUACAAGAUCAUGCAAUAAUAAGUAUAACUUGAGAGCAGUACGAAAACAACAUAUUACUUUCUUUUUUGCUGAAGUUGAUUUCAUUUGAGUUCAUUUUGAUAUUAUUGUCAUUUUUCGCUUCUGCAUCAGGUAGUUGAUAAGAGAUUGUUAUGUCAUAAAAUUCUGUUUUUCCACCUCAAAAAUGCCCUUGUGUGCCACUUCCUAGUCAAGAUAUGUUGAUAAAGUGAUGGGGUUUACAAUGAGCAGGCCGUGCAUUGUUUGUAUUUUGAAACUAACGUGAUGCUUUGUUCAUUCUUAUUCCUGUUUGGGUCUGUCUGCUCUACGUGAACUUGCACGUUUUUGCAGCAGCUUCUGCUAAAAUAGACUUGGUGCGCAUCUUAAGCAGAGCGCACCAGAGUUGAGCUCCCACCAAUCCCGAGAGAUGGAGCAGGGCACAUGCUGUGGAGUUGAAAUAAAUGACUGGAAUGGGAGCAAUUCACUCCAGUGUGCUUAAGGGUUCAGAUUGCUUUGCAUUAGAAAUAUGUGAAUUUGACGGUUAGCAAGUAUCCAAUCAAAAUCUACUCCUAAUGAGAGACGCGUCAAAACUUAACUUCAACAGAUCUGCAUUAUGAUGCUAUUUUAGCAAACUUAUUCAAUUUUUGGGGCUUACGAAUUGCUACCUAAGUGGGGAAAUCUUGCCUAGAAGUUGUUUAACCCUAACUGCUGGAACCACCUGACUUAAGAACAGCUCAUCAGUGUUCUAAGAUGUAUAAGGAGUUUAUCAUGUGUUUUCUAACAUUGUUUCUCCUUAAACCUUGGAAAUGGGUGUGUGAAAAAAUCCAGGUAUGGAAUACUCAGACCAGCACCACUGGCACCAACAACUGCAUGUUCAGAGUCCCUGAAUCACCCUCCUUCCCAAUAUGAUGCUUGGUCUAGACAUCCGCGCAUCAUUUUUACAUCUACAUGCCUAAAAACAGUAGCUGCUGCCAUGUGACUGACUGAUUACAUGUUUGAGAUUAAGAGCAGUUGAACAGGUGUACCUAAUAAA